UAUAGAAUAAUGAUUAGUAGAUAAACCCGACUACACGCCUUAUCGACAUCGUGGCCGUGCCAACGGCGUCUAUCCCAUCCCAGCGCAACGAUCAACGUCGAGAAUGGCUACCCCUAUGCCUCCCAGAUAUCGCUCCGUCACCGAAUUCCAAUUCACCACAGACCAGGCCGACGCCAUCAUUCGAACCGCCGCCUACCACCGCAAAGACUUUGCUCUCUCCGUCAUCUGGUUCCCGCCUCGUGAGCACGUCGCCGUUCGUCAGUCCAUAGCAGCGCCCUUUCCACGGUCGUCGAAAACGGAUCUCGGCUCCCUCGAUCAACUACCCCUCGAGCUUCUACACGACAUACUACUCCAUCUAGACAUGCACUCCCUCUUCUACAUCCGACAAACCAACCUCCGAGCGCGCGACAUCGUCGACUCGCUCAAGCAAUACCGCAUCGUCGUCCAGCACGGCCUCAACCUUCUCUGCGCACUACUUCGAACACGCCUUGCCAUGCACGUCUCUCUCCGCGACGCCUACGCCGCGCUAUGUACCGAGACAUGUAGUCUCUGUGGUGAGUUCGCCGGGUUUGUGUCGCGGGUCGCUUGGAUACGCUGCUGCUUUGCGUGUCUCCAGCGUGCUGCUCCCCCCCUUCAACUGCACGCCCGUGCCGCCGUCCGGAAGCAGUUCCGACUGACUAAACGCGAAUCAGAGGGCUUGAGAUCGCUCAGGAGUCUGCCGGGAGUGUACACGUUGGCGGAAUCUGUACUCAAGACCCGCGUUACGCUUGUUUCAACUCACCACGCUCAUCUCUCCUCUACACAUACACAUACACAGACCCAGCACCCCCAACACCCCUUACCCCAUGCCCUACCCCACACACCAAAAUACACGUCCAUGGGCUCCUGUGCCCUCCCCUACUACAACCCGCUAUCCGCCACCCUCGAGCACGGCAUAUGCUGCGCAGGCUGUCAACUCGCGAUCGAGGAGGACAUCAUCGGCACUGAGGGCGAGGACUGGGCGUAUGAGGCUCGCGACAAGGUUUAUACGCGGGACGGGUUUCUGGGGCAUUUUCGAUGGUGUGAACAGGCGCAGCUGCUGUGGAGGGCGCGUUGUGAUGGGAUGGAGGGGAUGGAGGGGAUGGGAGAGAUGGUGCCGGUGAUGGCGAGGAUGGGGGGGUUUUUUGGGAGAAGGGUGUGA